GUUUAUUGUGUCACUUCUUUUGUUGUCACACAGUGAGGGGAUGGACACGCGUCUACACGACGUGAACACGAUAGAACAGCUGCGGCACGGUUUCUUCAAACGUCUGUUUGUUCGCGGCGUCCGCGUCUACUGCCAGACGGUCUCAUGGAGAUGGAGGAUGGUGAUAGAGGCUGGUGUUGCUGUUAAGGCCGUUCUCGGUGUGCUUCUCUUACUGUAUAUUCAUACAAAAUACGUAGUCUUCCCCACCACUUGCGUGUCUGACGUCUUCAAGCAGUUGCCAGAUGACAGUAUAUUACGUAUAGAAGUACGACCAACAACCUCGUCAACUCACAACAUAAAGUGCAGAGAAAUUCCAGACGAUUGUAAUGGCAUGUGGAUUGAAAUGUGGGGAACGUGUGAUACUUUACGUGUAAGGGGAAUGUGCCAGUCGAUGGGCGGUGGUGCUGAUGUUGACGUGGAGAGGCGAAAUGGCAGGAAAUCGGUUGAUGUGUUGACUAGAGAUGAUGGCCAUGUUUUUGUACAGGGAGAACAGGGCAUGUUGAAUGGCUCUAAUAUGUCGAAUAGAUCAGGUCAGUCUGAUUUUGUAUUCAAUGAUUGGCAAACAUUGGUGCCAAUUGAUGCAAGUUUCGACCACUGCCAUCCACUACUCGUUGCCAUGGAGUAUUCCAAGGAGUACGGCUACCUUCGUCUCUCCAACAAACUGAGAAUGAAACACAAUGUAACAGUCUGGCAAGUCCAACUCGACCCGGACAAGAACCCUUGCUUUCGUGGCGGCUUUGCCCAGUGGAUAUUAGCAAACGUAGUGGGAUAUGACGACAUGUUUAUGAUUUCUUUCAAGCACAUCGUUGGGAAUGGCACAACUAAUGGUUAUUUGAGGAAUGAGUUGACUGGUAGAUCGUACAAGUUUGUCGACAUGGAAAACGUGUGGCAGGAGAUUUUUGUGGCUUUGACUUUGAUGGUCAUAUUUACAGUAUUGGUAACCCUAGUGUUGAGACAAGUUCACACGCAAGUCUUCAAUUUCAUCAUUAACGUUUACCAGACAAUAGAAUUGAAUACACCAAUCAGGUUUCCUUUCGCCUUUGUAUUCACGAUUCUUCUUGCAGUCAUUGGAUUGGAGAACGCCAUGACCGAAUUUUUUACCGACGGAUCACUCAGUUUCUGGAUUAUUCUCAUGAUCUGGUGUGCUGAUCAUUUUCACUCGAUUUGCUGUCAAUCAAGAAUUGGAAAGAAGUACUGGUGGAGAUUCUUCUAUCUCUACCAGUUUAUGUUCUACUGCUACUAUUACAUCUUCAACGGCCAAUUCAGCGGCAUCGCUCUGGUCGUCUGCAUGCUACUCGUCGAGCACUCCAUGCUCUUCUUCCUCCAUCAUUAUGAAAUCCCCAUCCAUCUACGCUCAUACAACCACCGUAGAAACCAUCAGACGACCAUGGGCGCCCACUUCCCUCACUAUCCUUUCAAUGUCGAUCGAGGAGGCAACAGAUGGACGCCUUCGUCGUCGCAUGUUGACAGCAGACGCGAGACACAAGGCGAGGACUUUCGGCAUCGGGCGGCGGGUGGUAGAGAAGGGGCUGCUGAUGAUCGUCUAUAGACGUGUUCAUAGUGAGUGGCAUGGUGGAGUGUACAGACGUGAUAUACAGUAGUGUGUACAUGUUGUAUAUUGUGGAUUAGAGGUGUGAAUGCUUUGUGGGCUUAUUGAUAUGUUUGUAGUUGAUAUUAAUAUUUGCUGAUGAUAAAUUAUUUGAGGAGAAGUAGUGCCGACUCGUUA